UUCACGCUUCCCGUAGAAUGUUUUUUUCUUCUCAAAGAUGGCUGCCAUCAGGAGCGGGGUGACUCCGGGUUGCCUAACAAGAUGUUUCCUGAGACAAACUGGAAAACCGAGCCGAGGCAACCAUCCACUUUCAGACAUUUGGAACCACCGGUUGCUCCAGAAGUCCCAUCUGCACACAGCUUUUGAGUGUCGCAGUCCUGCCACCAGGACUCUGCUGGGCCGCAGACAGCAUGGGAAGUUCCUCUGGGUGACCGCUCUGGCAGUCAGGCACAACAGCUCACAGAUCCCACCUGAGGAUGGAACCAGAGCGGGUCCGGUCCUGGACUCCUCCCCCGUCUCUCUGCCCGCUAACCUUACUACCCCCGUCAUUGCACAACCCAUCACUGAACAGAUCACAGUUGAAACCCUUUCCAUGGCAGCACCGUUAGUGGACAUCUCUCCUCCCGUCUUGAAUUCCUCCCCGGAGCUUUUGUCCGCUGACCCCGCCGCUGUUUUAUCGCAGCCGUUCUUUGAGCAGGUGGCUGACGCGGCGCCGACUGCUAUGGAGGUCUUUCAGGCCGCGGCUACAGAAACCAGUUUAGCGGAGCUGGGACUGGGCGCCUACACACCAGUGGGGCUGAUCCAGAACAUGUUAGAGUUCAUGCACGUGGAUCUUGGUUUGCCCUGGUGGGGGGCCAUUGUUGUCGGAACGGUGUUGGCUCGUAUGGCUGUGUUUCCGGUCAUAGUGAAGGGCCAGAGGGAGGCCGCCAAGCUGAACAAUGUUCUGCCCGAGAUGACCAAACUCACUUCCAGGAUGAACGAGGCCAAACAGAGUGGAAACAAAUUUGAUUUUGCCAGAGCUUACUCUGACCUGAACCUGUUCCAGAAGAAGCAUGACGUAAAUCCUCUCCGUGGCUUCUUAAUUCCUGUGGUGCAGGCACCAGUCUUCAUCUCUUUCUUCAUCGCGCUGAGGAAGAUGGCGUAUCUGCCGGUGCCCAGCCUGCAGACAGGAGGCCUGCUCUGGUUCACAGACCUGACGGCAGCAGAUCCUUUUUAUAUCCUGCCGUUGGUCGUCACUGGAACCAUGUUCUUCAUCCUGGAGUUGGGUGCAGAGUCUGGUAUCGACAACCCCAACCUGCGAGCCAUGAAGACUGUGUUCAGGAUCAUGCCUUUAGUCAUCCUCCCCCUCACCAUCAACUUCCCCACGGCGGUGUUUACCUACUGGCUGACCUCCAACUGCUUCUCCUUGGCUCAAGUCGCCCUGCUCAGACACCCCUUGGUCAGAGAUAAGUUGAAGAUCCCCGAGAGGAUCAAACACCCGGCCUCCGGCCUGCCCCAAAGUGACGGCCUAAUCGAAAGCAUGAAGAAGGGCUGGAAAAACGCUCAGCUGGCCCAACAGCUGGAAGAGAGGGAACGAAGAAUCAAAAAUCAUCUUGAUCUCGCUGCUAAAGGUCCACUGAGGCAGACUUUUACCCACAAUCCCCUCCAGCAGAACUCGCCCAUGGCUGCAGCAUCAUCUAAAGACAAGCAGACUAGUGGCAAGGCGAGGCCAUGGAAGGACACGAUUGGAUAAAUCCGACUGAUAGCUUGACAAUAUAAUGAUUUAUGUACAUAUUUAUGGAUGGAAGAGAGGACAGGGAUUGUCAUUAUGUAUUAUUCUAAUUAAAAUGUCAAAUCUGCAUCAAAA